GCCCUGCGUCCCACCACGAGCAUACACGCGCAGAUACGAACGAACGCAGACUCUCUUACUAAACAUAAUGAACGGCGCCUUACUGAACGUCCUGGCGGUGGUGGCGAUGAGUGUGGCGGGGGUGCAAGGCGGCCCCCAGUACCCCCCGCCCCCCAGCCCCGGCUACGGCGCCCCCGUCUGCAAGCCCUCCACCGUCACCUCCACCAACACAGAAACGAAGCAGGUUACGGAGACCGUCACGGAAGAGGUCGUCACCACCAACACCAUUAUCAAGACCGAAACCGAAACAGCCACCGAGAUCGUAGUGGAGACCGAGGUCGUCCCGGUGACUGAAACCGUGCAGACAACGGAGACCGAGACCGAGAUCGUGCCCACCACCCUUACCAACACCGAAACCGUCGUGUCCACCGUUCAGGAAACCGAGACGGAGAAGGUAUACGUCACCCAGACCCAAACCGUCGAGGUGAAGCAGUACGAGACGGUGUGUCCGAAACCCUCGUACGGCUAAGAUUAAAGCGUUUGUAGAAUCCUUGACUAAUACUAUAAGGGGGUCGAGUUCUUCAGGUAACACGCGCCAGUCUUUGAAUACAUACUUCUCCUUUUACAUGAAUUUAAUUUAUGAGGGAUUUUUUACAUAAGAAGGAAUCGUAAGAUAAUCGAAAUUAGUUCUCAUUUUACAUGUUUCAUUUUUACGCGAGUUUAAUUUACGCUUUUUUUAAAGAAUGGAACGUAUGGAAAUCAAAAUCAGUUCUCAUAUUACACUUUUUUUCCCUUUACACGAGUUUACUGGGGGAACAAAAUAUCCUCAUUUGCUAACAAUGCUACUCAAAUUACACGAAAUUCAUUUUGUGCGCAAAGCAAUACAAUUGUCGCGUAAAACGAGAGUUGCCUGUAUAAUGUUGUCUUUAUUUGGUGUUGCAAAAGGAAACACAGCAAGGGAGGAAGUCUCCGGCAAGUGGCAAGAAGAUAAGCAAGAAACAAUUGGAUGGCUUUCGAGGUAAACAAAUGUGUCAGUAUUAUUAAUGUUAUCGCUAGGAUGGUAAAAGGGCGUCGCAGUACAUCGAUUUUCCCAAAAUAUUAGAUGGGUUAUUAAUGAACACUAAAAUAUCAUACUGAAUGGCAAUAUUUGGUGAAUCAGGCCCAUGAUUUUGAAUUACUUUGGUUUACAUGAACAGGGUAUUUCAUCAAUUGGCAGAAAUAUCAAACUUAAUUAUGUAAAUUAAAACUUAUGCAUGCAUGAAUUUGGGAAAUUGAUAAAUUCAAUUGACAAGAGUUUUGGUAAUCAACCCACAAUUCUGUAGAGUUUUAUUAAUGCUAUACUGUACUAUAUUUGUGUAUUUAUCAUUAAUUGUAAAAGAAUAAUACAGUAUUGAAAUGAGAGUAUUAAACUUUUGGGGAAACGGAGGCUACUUGUAUGGCGAAUAUAUCCUUUAGUUCAUCAUACACACUUUUCCCUAUUUACUAUUAUAUAAUUUUCUUGUUUAUUACUGUAUAUUUUUUCAUCAAUCUAAAUAAAGCCAACAAAAAUCACAAAAAAACAUCUAGUAUAGCACACAUCGACCCCUGCGCCUUAUUUUGAUGACAUAAGUAGACCUAUAUUUUCUUCUUUAUUUAAUUUCUUACGUUUACAUUUCCACUUCACGUCUGUCCGGGAGGGAGCCCCUAACUUUAGCCAUCUCUAGUUUUCCUCAUGAAUAACUUGUUCCUCUUCCUCCCUGCUGCCUCGUAUAUACACUCCUUCUGCUCAACCCCGUGAGUCCAGCUCUGUCCUGCGUAUCUUUCUUUCCUGGAUGUUUUUGCCCUUGUUUCUCUCUCUCUCUCUCUCUCUCUCUCUCUCUCUCUCUCUCUGGAUACACCCGUGAACUAUAGUCCUUAGUGUUUCCCUGCCGUGUCCCGAACUUGUGCUUCGAGUCAGUAUACACUACAAGGUGACACACAAGAUUAAAUCCCCGUGAG